CAUUUUGGACUUCUGACCUCUCGAACUCCAAGAGAAUGAACUUGUAUUGUUUUAAAUCACUGACUGUGUGGUCAUUUGUUAAAGCAGCAAUAGGAAACUAAUACAGCAAGUGUCUGGGAAAUGAACAGCUGUACCAUGCUCCCUCUUGUUAUUUCUGGUUGCUUUUAUGAGCAAAGCUUAUCUUGCCUAGCAACAGUUGCUAAGUAAGUUAACAGUGUAAUCUAGAGUCUGGGAGGGAGCACCUGCUCAGAUCUUCCCAAACCCAGUGCCCACACCUCAUAUGGCAGAGGCUUUCGGUACCGCUCUCUGAUGUUAGGCAUGUAACCACUCCCUCGUCAUGGAGAAUCACUUCAUCCUUGUCAGCCUCUAGCAUUGUCCUAAAACCUUGAACCUCUUCCAGCUUUCUUAAACUUCUAGCUUUUCUUCAAACUCCUUUUUCUGUUCUUAAGAGUGUUUUAACUGUACAUAGUAAAAGAUACUUCAAAUCUAAUUAUGAUCAGAACUCCGAAUUACACAAGCUUUGUUUGCUGUGCUGUUUGUAAUAAAAUAAUUCCACCAGCCCCUUUUGGGGAAACCUUCAAACGGAUCCAUGAAUAUAAGCCAUUUAAGACACGCUUUUACACUCACAAAGAUAUACUGGAUAUCGGGACAGAUAUCCUGAAUAAGGAAGAGCAGUUUCAGGAGGCUGUGCUCAAAGAACGUAUUGCAAAAGCAGAAGCUGAAAUAUGGGCUCAGGCUGAUGAACGCCAAAGACAAGCAGUGAAGAAAGCCCUCAAAGAAGCAAAGGACAUGUACAAAAUGAGAAUUCAGGUCCUGGAAGAAGAACAUCAAAAAGAUUUACAGAAAAUGGCAGCUAAGACCAAGAUCGAGUUACAUCAGAACAUGGAGGACGAGCUGCAGCGGGAACACUUGGCUGCCGAGCAGCGCAUGGUGCACAGGAUCCAGCGGGUCAUGAUGGAAUGCCACUGCGAGAAGGUCCAGGCCGUGCAGGAGGCCCGGGCGGAGGAGAGGCGGGCGGCCCAGGAGGAGAUCCAGGCCCAGAGAAGAAAGGCCUUGGAGGAGUUUGUGGAUACUGGUGUCACGGUUGUUAAGGAUCAGAAGAAUGUGAGCCAACUGAUAAAGCGGAAAGAGCAUGAAAUGAAUGCCUACUACUGCAUGGCUCAGAGGCAGGAGCACGAGGAGGUGCAGGCAGUGCUUCAGGAGGCCGAGAAGACACAUCAGGCCGCCCUUGGAAACGUGACGGAUAAACUGGUCAGCACGCAGGGGGAGCUGCUGUCCAUAGCGAAACAGCUGGGAAUUAUGACAAAUUGGAAAGAUUUCCUGGAGGAGGAGUUACAGGAAACGAGGGCAGCAUUUCAAAAAUACAUCAAUUAUACGUUUCCUAAGCUCUCGCCGGGGCAUGCAGAUUUCCUUCUGCCCGAAAGAAAGAAAACACCUUCCAGUCUUAUUCCUCAGGAGAAUGAAACAACUCUUUGACUAGAAGUCUUUGUCUGAAAUUUCACUACAAAAGGCAUUGUUCUAAAGACUAAAUAAAUUCACUCAAA